AAAGCCCUAAGUUCCUCGCAACAGUCUCUCCAUCGACAACCCCCUCUCGCCGCAAGACACUGACCAAGGGAACUGCUUUCUUCUCCGGCGACGAGAUCCCCAGAAGGCAUCACAAAUCAAUAGCCCGAUUUUUUUUCUUUCUUCGGCAGCAAGUACCCCUCAGUCAGCUCUGCAAGUAAGCAAACUCUCGUAGGGCCAUCACUUUAUAUUAUUAAGCUGGUGGUAGAGUGAGAAAAGGAGGGAAGAGAUGAAUGCUUUCAAGGCUUUCAAAGCCUGUGUUCCAAUUGCAUGGAGUCCUCACCUCUAUAUAACCCUGGUUAGAGGUAUUCCAGGCACUAGGAGGCUUCACAGACGCACCUUGGAGGCCCUGCGCCUCCGCAAGUGCAACCGAACUGUCAUGCGCUGGAACACACCUACUGUUAGGGGAAUGCUCCAACAGGUAAAGAGAUUGGUCGUGAUUGAAACAGAAGAGAUGUACAAGGCUCGGAAGCAAAAGGAUGCAACCCACAGGGCUCUACGCGCUCCUUUGGUUGUGAAUCAUCUUCCGCCUCCUGCAAAUGAUUCUUCACAGUAAACCAUUUGAGAUAUUUUUUAAGGCCGUGUGAUGUUCUGAACUGGAUUUUGGUGGUAGGGAUACAUGUCGGUCAAGACACUAGAACUACAAUAAGAUGUGAUCCAAAUUCUCCCUGUAGUUGAGCAUAGUAAAACUUGACUGAACAGGCUAGUGUUUUCCAUGAUGUCGCAACUCAACUUGAUGGUCAUGGAACAUGUGGUUGUAAGCCUAUUUAAUUGCUUCUUAGAAAGAGAUUGCACAGUUUUUUGGGAUAUGUUUCGUACUUCCAUGAUGAUCUGCUGAUGGGAUUUGUCUUUAUUCUGUUC